AACAUUCAGCUAAAAUUGGACACGGAGCUGAAAGUGUUUCUCAGCCCCUGCAACACUCACUCUGAGUGUGAUAUUUUGCAGUAUCAGAUGAGAUCAGGAUAACAGCACAAGUAGAGUCAGUCCAGCUCCCUGCUACACGCACUAUCACCAGUCAUGUGACUUCCCCAGCCCUUCAUCACUCUUUCCUCCACACAUCUCUGCUCAGUCGGCUCGACGGGCAGCUGUUAAACGGAGGUCUCAGCCUGUCACUGACAGAACAAGUGACAGUGAUGAAGAGGAGGAGGGGGAUGCGGAGCCCUGUCUGAUGAAGUCCUGUACAGCCUUUGACAUCUGCUACAGAAUGAAACUGCUUCUUAUCUGUGACAGCUUGGUGUCCUUCAGAGCAGCCAGUCAGAGUAAAAAAGUUCUUCACUUUUUAAAAGUUCAACAUCCUUUUUCAGAAAGCAGUUACUUUAAGUGCAGAUGAAGAAAUGAACAUUUUCUUUCUUCUUCUUCUCUUUGGAGUCUAAAGAAGGUGAGCAGAUGGAUCUUAUCCACAGCUGGAUAGUAAAGUGGCUCAACAACGAGAAAUAACAAAUGGAAAUCUGAAGUUCCUGUAGAGUUGAUGCCACAGAUAUGCAGAACCGUAACCCGCUUGGCCUCAGCCAGCUGAAGAGUAUGGUCUGUGUGGCUUGGGCCGGCAUAGAGUUGGUUCUCCUGGGAGUUCUGGGCUCAGCCGGUGGCUGUCCUGGUGUCUGUACAUGCUACAGGAACACAACCAACUGCUCUGCUGCUAACCUCGUCUCACUGGCACCCAUCCUGGAGCUGCUAGGUCGAGACUGCCUGGUUCUCCGUUUGUCCCAGAACAACCUCUCCUCCAUGGGCAACGCUGGUAUGUUUAACCUGAGCAGCUUGGAGCUCCUGGAUCUCUCUCAGAACCACUUCUACAGUUUGCAGCCUGGAGCUUUCCUGGGCCUGAGCAGCCUGCACUCUUUAAAUCUUUCAUCUAACUACCUCGGCUUACGUCUGUCAACCUCCAACCUUGCAGACAGCAGAGCAACAGUCCAGGCCUCGGACAGAAAUCAAGGCAGAGUUGGGUUGAGCAUGGAGGUUUUCAAGGGACUGCAGCAGCUGCAGGAGCUCGACUUGUCCUCUAAUGGGCUCCUGUGGCUGCCUAAAAGACUGCUGGAUGGCCUUCAAAGACUCACCUGGCUGUCCCUGGCCAACAAUCAGCUCGUGUCUCUGAACAGGGUAACAUUUGAGCCACUGGUGAGACUACAGGAUCUCCACCUGGCUGGAAACCCUUGGAAGUGUGACUGUAAGCUAAGGGACUUCAAGCACUGGAUUGAGUGGUUAAUUUACAGGGAUGGGCAGGUAGAUGUGAUGCAGUGCAGUCUCCCCAAGGACUUGAAGGGCAGGGACAUCCGCAGCUUGCCAGCAGAGAUGUUCAGCUACUGCCUGCAGAACCGAACCAAAGAGUUGGAUCAGCCUGCCCAGCCACCCUGCCUGCCUGGACGGGUCAGCAACAUCAAUGAUUGUGUUCGCCAGCGCUACCGGCCCGUCAGUGUCCGCCGGGCACAUGGCACACAGAUAGUUGCCGGAGUGGUUUGUGGCACGGUGUGUGUCAUGAUGGUUGUGGCUGCAACCUAUGGCUGUAUCUAUGCUUUGGUCAUGGCACGGUACCAGAGACAGAUGAAAAAUCGGGGGCAGCCUCUGAUAGAGGAGACAGAACCUGAGGCUGACACUGAGGACAGGCAGGGGCUGUCUCCUGACACACUACAAAUAGAAGUCUGUGACUUUGUGCAUGGAUAUCGAAUCAGCAGCUUCUGAUGCAUUCAGAAGUAUUAUGGCCUGAGGCCUUUUGGUUUGUGUAACACUGUAUAGUUGCAUGUAGGUUAAUUUGUUUGCCCAGAUGUGCAGUUCCACAGCUUGGAUUGUCUGGUCUCUACUCUGGUUGGACGGGUCUCAAUUUAUUCUAGUUGGACUGCUCUCUUUUUACUCUGGAUGGACUGGUCGCUCUUGACUCUGGUUGGACUGGUCUCACUUGAUUCUAGUUGGACUGGUCUCACUUUAUUCUGGUUGGACUGGUCGCUCUUGACUCUGGUUGGACUGGUCGCUCUUGAAUCUGGUUGGACUGGUCGCUCUUGACUCUGGUUGGACUGGUCUUUUUUUAAUCUGGUUGGACUUGUCUUUUUUUUAAUCUGGUUGGACUGGUCUCUCUUGACUCUGGUUGGACUGGUCUCUCUUGAUUCUGGUUGGACUGGUCUUUUUUAAUUUGGUUGGACUAGUCUCUCUUUACUGUGGUUGACCUGGUCUCUCUUGAUUCUGGUUGGACUGGUCUUUCUUUAGUCUGGUUGGACUGGUCGCUCUUUACUGUGGUUGAUCUGGUCUCUCGUUACUGUGGUUGGACUGGUCACUCUUGACUCUGGUUAGACUGGUCACUCUUGACUCUGGUUAGACUGGUCACUCUUGACUCUGGUUAGACUGGUCACUCUUGACUCUGGUUGGACUGGUCUCUCUUGAUUCUGGUUGGACUGGUCUUUCUUUAAUCUGGUUGGACUGGUCACUCUUUACUGUGGUUGAUCUGGUCUCUCUUUACUGUUGUUGGACUGGUCUCUCUUGACUCUGGUUGGACUGGUCACUCUUGACUCUGGUUAGACUGGUCACUCUUGAUUCUGGUUGGACUGGUCUCUCUUGAUUCUGGUUGGACUGGUCUUUCUUUAGUCUAGUUGGACUGGUCGCUCUUUACUGUGGUUGAUCUGGUCUCUCUUUACUGUGGUUGGACUGGUCACUCUUGACUCUGGUUGGACUGGUCACUCUUGACUCUGGUUGGACUGGUCACUCUUGACUCUGGUUGGACUGGUCACUCUUGACUCUGGUUGGACUGGUCACACUUGAUUCUGGUUAGACUGGUCACUCUUGACUCUGGUUAGACUGGUCACUCUUGAUUCUGGUUGGACUGGUCUCUCUUGAUUCUGGUUGGACUGGUCUUUCUUUAAUCUGGUUGGACUGGUCGCUCUUUACUGUGGUUGACCUGGUCUCUCUUUACUGUGGUUGACCUGGUCACUCUUUACUGUGGUUGGACUGGUCACUCUUGACUCUCUUUGGACUGGUCACUCUUGACUCUCUUUGGACUGGUCACUUUUGACUCUGGUUGGACUGGUCACUCUUGACUCUGGUUAGACUGGUCUCUCUUGACUCUGAUUGGACUGGUCUCUCUUUACUCUGGUUGGACUGGUCUCCCUUUACUCUGGUUGGACUGGUCUCUCUUUACUGUGGUUGACCUGGUCUCUCUUUACUCUGGUUGGACUGGACACUGUUUACUGUGGUUGACUUGGUCUCUCUUGAUUCUGGUUGGACAGGUCUUUUUUUAAUCUGGUUGGACUGGUCUCUCUUUGCUGUGGUUGGACUGGUCGCUCUUUACUCUGGUUGGACUGGUCGCUCUUUAAUCUGGUUGGGCUGUUCCUCCAACCACAGCUCAUCUAUUUAGCUCUUCUGUUGAUAGCCCGGGCUGUGAUUUAGUCCGAGCAGCUCACCACUUUGUCUUGUUGAAAUGUUUGGCUUAUUAGAUGCUGUUUUGAAAUGGUUAACUAGUUUAGAUCUAUUUAAAGUUCAGACCAAAUGUUUAGUUUGAGGCCUGUCUUUUUUCUGACAACUGUUAAAACAAAUGUAUAUGUAUUUGAAGGUAGGCCAAGAGGUUUUAACCAUUAGUUUGGUUUAAAACUGUGGUUUAAAUAAUUUAUUUUCUCCCUACUUUAGUUUGUUAUUUAAUGUCAUGAACCUUUUUAUGUAGUUUUGUUAAACUACUAUUUAAACUUUAAUUGUUUAUUUACUUUUCCUACUUUUUAAUAGAUUACUUUUUGUAAAAGCGAACUUUGUAAACCAUAACAAUGAUAUACUGUAAUGGUACACUCCUUUUGUUUUCUUCUGUUAAACACAAAAAGACUGAAGAAUAAAUCACUUUUCUUUUUCCCUCUGGUUUAA